AUGGAACAUGUGCUUGUUGUAGGACCUGGGUUCUACAUGAUGAGGACCAUUCGGCAAAAAGGGUGUUCUAAAGACCCAUGUAGUGAACUGGAAUUCUCAGCCACGCUUGGGGAUCAACGGAGAUUUAGCUUUGUGAACCGUUGCUGCACAUCUGAUAGGUGCAACCAGGGUGACUUAACACUACCUCAGGCAUCUGAAGAAGCCAAUGGUAUUCAAUGUCUUGCCCAGUAUGCGGAGUCAGGCUCGCUGAGUGCCCCAACUCUCCUAAAAUGCACGGGAAAUGAGACAAAAUGCGCUUUCUUUAUCGGCACAGCAGCGGGAAGCAGUCAUCCCUUUGCCUUUAUGAUGACUGGAAUGGGCUGUGCGACAGAAAGCGCCUGCAACAGGAGUAUAACUGUUCUCAACAGCACAAAUAUCCUCACUUUCUGCUCGAGUAAGUUUGCUGUGAUUGCACACAACUCAUCAGUUCCGGAUGAAACUUCUGGCUUUCGACCUGCAUCCAUCUCAACAGUACCAAUGCUGAUUGUUCUCCUCCUGCUGAAAGUCUUGCUUUGA